AUGCCAGCCCAGCAGAAGAGGAUCAUCUUCUGCGUCGCCGGGGUGCUGAGCCUGGCCAGCGCGCUGGGCACGGCGGCGGCCGUCGGCAGGCAGCUGUGGGUGAAGGGAACGAUCCUCUGCAAGACCGGAGCUCUGCUGGUCAACGCCAGCGGGCUGGAGCUGCAGAAAUUCAUCGGCGACAUCCAGUACGGGCUGUUCUCCGGCCAGCGAGUGCGGCAGUGCGGACUCGGGGGGAGGCCGCUCCAGUUCUCCUUUUUUCCAGAUCUGCUCAAAAUUAUCCCUGCCAGCAUCCACGUCAGUGUCAUUCUCUUCUGCACAGUCCUGAUCAUCUUUGCUCUGGUGGCAGCAGGGUUCUUCAUGUUCAAUGCCUUUGGCAGUCCUUAUGAAACCCUGCAUGGUCCUCUUGGGUUGUACCUCUGGAGCUUCAUUGCCUGUUCCUGUGGUUGCCUCAUCAUGAUCCUCUUCUCUUCAGAGGUGAAGAUCCACCACCUUUCAGAGAAGAUUGCCAACUUCAAAGAGGGAAGUUUCACCUUCAAGACUCAGAGUGAGCAGUUUGCAGACUCCUUCUGGGUCAUCCUGGUCUGCUCCCUGGUGCACUUCCUGAACGCUCUGCUGAUUCGCUUCGCUGGCUUUCAGUUUCCCUUCUCCAAACCCAAGGACUCAGGGGCAGUCACUGGAGCAGCUGACCUGAUGUACUAG